UUCUGUGUGUUGUGUUCUGUUAUGUCUUUUAUACGAAUCGUUUUAAUCAGCUAAUCCGUUUUGUCCCACGCGGCCACAAGUUUCUGAGAGCAGCUUUUCCCCGAGUCCGGAACGCUAUACGAUGGAUUCGGACAGCUUUUUAACGCCACGGAAGUUGCUGCAAAAUGCCCUGGCCAGAACCUCGUCGCGCCAGUCGAUGACCUCUUCACCGUCGAUUAUGGCGGUUCGAACGCCGCAUACGGCGACGAGCAACGCGAACACCACCAGUCGCUUUAAUCUGCUGCCCGUUCUGCAGACUCCACCGUCGAGAAUCUUCAGUGGACGCGUGGUGAACCCGUUCGAGCCACAUCUUGCCGAUCGCUUGCACCUGCCCAUGAUCGCUAGCCCUUCGUUGUUUCACAGGCCAAGCACCCCGCAAAACAACAACAGCAGCGUUUGCCAGUUUGAGUGGACCAUCGAUGAGGUAUCGUCCCUGGGGCCGGCUCAUGUAGAACCGCACGAAACGCAGUUCCUCGAGACACCGGAUCCGGUGGCAGAGGCUCGCGUUCAGGCCGCCAUCAGCAGUUUCUUCAAAGAGAACAGCAUCGUUCCCAGUCCGAUCGAUCACAACCAGCGGAAACAGAAGGUCGAUCUUCUGAAGCAGUCCAACGAACCCGGUGGAAUUAUUGGCCAACCCGCCAAGCGAAGACAGCGCGAUGGUGUCGCCCAAACGGUCCUUACCCUACCACCAGUUUUGCCGGCAGAGGUAGAGGCCGUCCUCAGCAAGUUCCUAACGUUCAACGAGGAUCAGCAGCAAAACAACAAUGCUCCGACGCUCGACGAGUCGUCGGCCAGCAGCAUUGAUCAUGAUGCUCGUGAUGCUUCUCUGCGUCGCAAGCUCUUUAACAUCAUUUCUCCCAAUGGAGAUGCAGAGGAAAGCGACACGGAAGGAGCGGAUCGGUUUCCUAACUCACUGGAUGAUCUCGAUCUCAUUGCCCUCAGUCCGGCACCCGUUUCGCCCGAAGUGUUGACUGGCAGCCAGCAGGAAGCGGAGAGAGCGCUUCAGCAAGAUCUUAAACGGUCGCGAUACUUUGGUUCGCACGAAGCCCUAGCGGACGGUUCGCUUAGCCCGGUGAUAGAGAGUGAUAAUGAAAGCUCUUUCGGAGCCUUGUCACCGAUUUCGCGGAACUCGAUGAGUCCUUCUCCGACCAAAUCGUACGAUCCGCAUCAUUCCGAUUUGGAUGCCAUCUAUCGCAGCACCCCGGAGCCAUCUGCUUGCAGCCAGACGGAUGGUGGUCAUUACUAUUCCCUGCAGCAGAACGACACGGGUAGCCAGCAAGGUUCCAUCAGACACACCGAGCUCACUAACGUACUGGCCGAGACAAAUCUUUCAAACGAUGGCGAAACGAUGGUCAGCUGUUUGUCCCUGGAGCUGUCCCAAAAAUCGCAACAUUCCAUGACGCCUUUACGUCGCAUGCGACGAACGGAACACCGGCGUAGUAACCGCAAAAACUUAUCCCAAUCCUUUAUGCUGGAAACAACUUGCGCUACCUCCAGCGAUGGCGAUCAAGAGCAGCGGCAUAAAACGGUCGACAUUUCGAUGUGCGAGACGACGAAAGGAUUGUCGCCGAUAAAGGAAACUCCCGUAAGCAUUCCGGGAAAGGUGGAACUGCACGGUGUGAAUUUAUACCGUACCGAUAGCGGGUUUAAUGAAGAAAGUCAAGGUACUGGCGAUCUCUCCGACGUGUCGAUGCUUUCAGAAGACCUGAGAAGCACCACACCCGGACGGAAAGGUGCGACUAGUGAAGUCAAAUACUCAAGCACUAACAAUGGUUCCUCCCCCUUGAGACUGUAAAAAUGUGGACACCCAACAGACUGUUCUUUGGAAAAAAAGUGUAGUAAGUAAUGUUCAAAAUUAAGAGGAGUAGCUCAUAGGUUCGCAAUAUUUAGACAAUUUAUUUGAUCAUUCAACGAAGCACGCAAAGGAGGACGGCGGGGGGCGAGUGUUUCAUAGACUGCGAAUCCAAGUGCCACUAGGGUAUAAUUAGACAACUUUUUUCAAUCAUACUUAACUGUUA